AUGAAUUCGCAGGUUGAUGAAGCAGCUCACUCAUUAUUGGGCAAUAUUGAGAAAACCACACAAACUAGUCGCUUUCUUUGUUCGCGACGCUUAUGUCUUAGCAAAGCAGGUCGGAUUCGCUUACUUAUUAGAGUUUUGGUUGGACUUUUAGUUAUUGUUGUAUAUACAGUAUUGGUGGUUUUUGUGGUUGACCUCGUGAAGACACCAUGGUUCGGUUCGAAUCUGUUGAACGGCACGUAUGCGUGUCACGAUACUGUUAGUUGUGAACAGCGCUUAGAACAAAAAGAAAGCAUCAGCAUAGGAUCAAAUAAUUCAUCAUCACCAAAUUAUGCAUUUUUUAGUUCAUUGUAUAACGAAAAGUAUUUGGAAGGCGCAUUGACAUUAGGAUAUACAAUAAAGAAACAUCACCCAAAUCAUCAGAUGCAUAUUAUCUAUUUCCCCGAGAAACUUUCCAAAGCAACGCUCUGUAAACUUCGUGCAAUCGAGUGGAUACCACGCGUUGCCGUGCGAAUUCCACCUCCAUGGUCGGGAGUUUCGGAAAACUUCGCGGAUCAGUUCACAAAAUUAAGAUUAUGGUCGUAUGAUGAGUUUGAUGGGAUCGCGUAUAUUGAUUCGGAUGCUUUGGUGGUGCAUCCGUUUGAUAAAACAUUUGAGCUGAUUAAAGAUGCUAAUGUGACGGGAUUUGAGUUCGCCGCCGCGCCUGAUGUUUUCGAUGGGAAUCUUGAUAAUACUUUUAAUGCUGGAUCUAUGAUAUUCAGACCUACUAAGAUUGUGUAUGAUGAAAUGAUGCGUACUUAUAAAAUACCCGGCAAUUAUAAAAUUACAUUUGCCGAACAAGCCUUUCUUAAUGAAUUUUAUCGAUUCAGACUUAUCACACUACCCUCCACCUUCAAUUUCAAUCUAUCAUUACUUAAGAAACAUCGAUAUCUCUGGAAACUAUUAUUUGACGAGAUAAAAGUGGUGCAUUACACGGUAUUGAAACCAUUCUUAACAUCUUCGCCACCACAAUAUCUAAGUGAAGUUUUUGAGUUCUGGCAUCAAGAGAAUGAUGCGAUGCACAAAAAACCAACAACGCCACGACCAACAACCCCGCGUCCUGGUACUCCUCGACACCACAACAACAGUUCUCGUCCAUCUACUCCGACCUACAAUAAUGGAGCGACGACGACGACGAUCCAAGACAUAACGAUAGGCUGUAAAGUCUAUGUGACAGUUAAUAACAAGGAGAAAACCGCUGAUCCUCCGGAAUAUCGAAAGGCAGAGAUUUUAUCAACUAGAAUCAAUAAUGGUAUUACAGAAUACUAUGUCCACUUUUUAGAAUUCAACAAACGAUUAGAUGAAUGGAUCCCGAUGGAGAGAAUUGAUAUUUCACGUGAGGUUGAAAAGUCAUCGGGAAGGAAACGCGCGAAAGGCGGUGGUCUUCGAGAUAGCGAUGCGCCUAAUAAUUCUUUGGCUUCUCCACUGAGUAAUGGAAACAGAACGCCGAAUAGAAACUUGGGUGUACCUGCAACAACAGUUGGCCAAAAAAGAAAAAUCUCUGCGAUGGAAGAUGUUCAUACUCCUCUAUCGGAGACAUAUGCUGAGGAUUUUGACAAUGAUACUGGUAGUGGACCAGGAACCCCUAAUGGUGGCUACGCUGCGGCAGCGGAUGGCAGUGGUGGACCACUCUCGAAAAAGCAAGAACUGGAGAAACUUCGCGUUUCUGGAUCAAUGACACAAUCAAAUUCCGAGAUCUCACGUGUGAAAAAUCUUGAAAGGAUUCAUAUUGGGAAAUUUGACGUCGAGACUUGGUAUUUCUCGCCAUAUCCUGCAGAGUACGCGUCCGCAUCCACGAUUUACAUAUGCGAGUUCUGUCUGUUUCAUUUUGUUAGUGAACGCCAGCUACGCAGGCAUUUAAAGAAAUGCAAUAUUUUGCAUCCGCCCGGCAAUGAAAUAUAUCGUAAAGACGAUAUCUCGUUCUUUGAAAUCGAUGGUCAUAAACAGAAAACAUAUUGUCGUAACCUUUGUCUUUUGUCGAAACUAUUUCUCGAUCAUAAGACACUUUACUAUGACGUUGAUCCAUUUUUGUUCUAUAUUAUGUGUAAACGAGAUUCCAAAGGGUGUCACAUGAUUGGAUAUUUCUCAAAAGAGAAGGAAAGCACUGAAGGCUACAAUCUGGCUUGUAUUCUCACUCUUCCACAGUACCAACGACAAGGAUACGGUCGACUACUAAUCGCCUUUUCAUACGAACUCUCAAAAAAAGAAGGGAAAGUGGGAUCCCCGGAAAAACCUCUUUCCGAUCUUGGACUUCUAUCGUAUCGAGCUUAUUGGACAGAAGUUAUCCUCGACAUAUUACUCGAGACAAAAGCGAACAGUGACGAGAUCACCAUCGAGGAAAUAUCUAAUCGCACAAGUAUCACCACCACCGAUAUACUGCAAACACUGCAAACAAUUGGCGCCAUCAAGCCGUAUAAAGGACAACAGAUUAUAUGGUUGUCUGAUGCGCUGGUAGCCGCACACGAAAAAACAAAGUCGAAGAAUCAUCGGACUAUUGAUGAAAAUUGUUUGCAGUGGACUCCACCGCAUUUCACCUCUAAUCAGUUGAGAUUUAUAUAA